UGAGGAGGAGGGAGGCCCGCUGCACAUACAGCACGUCGAGCUACGUGGAGGGGCGGGGGAACCUGGUCAUCACGUACAAGGGCUCGCACCCCUCCAGCGUGCUCUCCUUUGUCGGCUGUCACAUGGACGUCGUCACUGCCAACCCCGACGACUGCACUUCGACGGUCGACCCCUUCACUUUCUCUCGGGACGGGGACAAGCUGAGGGGCAGAGGCACCACGGACUGCCUGGGCCACGCGGCACUCGUCACGGAGCUCAUGCGCUGCCCCCUCCCUCUCACAUUCUCUCUUCCCCCCACCCCACGUCCCUCGCCUCUGCUUCACCAGGACUUCGACCCCUUUCACCUUUUGAGACAAAUUGAGAGGCAGGGGCGCAACGGACGGACCGCCUGGGCCACCUCUUUCCCCCCUCUCACAUUCUCUCAUCUCGUCCGCCCUCUUCCCUCGCCUCUCCUUUACCAGGACUUUGACCCCUUCACAUUCUCCCGAGAUGGGGACAAGCUGAGAGGCCGCGGCACCACGGACUGCCUGGGCCACGUGGCGCUCGUCACGGAGCUCAUGCGCCAGCUGGCAGUCUGCCGCCCGGAGCUGGGCGCGACAGUGGUGGCGGUGCUGAUAGCCAAUGAGGAGAACGCAACAGUGAAGGAUAUUGGAGUGGAUGGGCUGGUGAAGGCAGGCCUGCUGGACCACCUCAGGAACGGACCCCUCUUCUGGGUGGACACGGCAGACAAGCAGCCGUGCAUAGGCACGGGGGGCAUGCUGGCAUGGAAGCUCAAGGCGUUUGGGAAGCUCUUCCACUCGGGGCUGCCGCACAAGGUGAAGUGGUUUGUGCUUGGCUCACAUAGAAGUGAAUCACGUGCCCAGCCCAGCCCACAACGUGCUCUCUUUAGUGCCAUGAGCAGAGCUCAAGGCGUUUGGGAAGCUCUUCCACUCGGGCCUGCCACACAAGGUGCUCUCUCAUCGGCUUUGAUGGGGUCUGCAUCGCAAGGUGCAGUCAUAACUGUCACUAAGUGCCACAAGCUGGCUAUGACAGCACUGGCGGAGAUGCAGACCCGCUCUUACCACCUUCUCCUGUGUCGUCUCCAUUUCUCUCACUCCAGCUCCAAACCUCUGCACUCCAACCUCACCCCUGUGAACCCCUUUACACCCCCCUCUCUCUUCCAGGCAGUGAACCCCAUAGAGCUCGCCAUGACAGCACUGGCGGAGAUUCAGACCCGCUUCUACCACCAGCCCCCCUCACCCCAACUGCACCCCUCUGCACUCCUUUGCACCUUUUCCCUUCCAGGCGGUGAACCCUAUCGAGCUGGCCAUGACAGCACUGGCGGAGAUACAGGCCCGCUUCUACCAGGACUUCCCUCUGCAUGCCAUGGAGAAGACGCCAUCAACCCCAUCGAGCAGGCCAUGACAGCAAUAGCAGAGAUCCACAUCCGAUUUUACCGGGACUUCCCUCCACAUGCGGUGAACCCUAUCGAGCUCGGCAUGACAGCCUUGGCGGAGAUUCAGACCCGCUUCUAUCGGGACUUUCCUCCUCACGAGAUGGAGAAGACGUAUGGGUUUGCCACACCAUCGACCAUGAAGCCCACUCAGUGGUCGUAUCCGGGCGGCAGUGUGAAUCAGAUCCCUGGGGAGUGCACACUUGCAGGGGAUUGCAGUGUGCAAGAUGCGUGCGUGCCCACUGCCCUCUCUCUCCCAUCCCUCUGCAGUGUUGACGAGGCGGCAGCGACGCGGAGUCAACACAUGGCAGGCAUAGGCACCAAAUUGUACCCCAUGCGCUCAUGUGCUACUUGGGCCCACCAACUCACACCGCACUUCACCUCUCCGCAUGCCCUCCCACCCCCCACCACCGCAGUGUGGACGAGUGUGGACGAGGUAGCAGCGAAGCUGAGGGAGUACGUGGCAGACAUAAACGCCAACCUGUCCACGCUCUCAGGCCCCGGCCCGUGCUCGAAAUUUGUUCUGCCCGAAGAAAAUCUGCAGGGCAGACUCGAGCUAGAGAUAGCAGAGGCGCCGAUGAAGGGCGUGGCGUGUAACCUGGACUCGCCUGGUUACCACGCGCUGGUAACCGCCACGAAGGAUGUGAUGGGCGAGUGCAAGCCGUACUCCAUCACGGGAUCCCUGCCGUUGAUUCGCGAUCUGCAGGAGGCAGGAUUCGAUGUGCAGACCAUGGGAUAUGGUGUCAUGGCCACUUAUCAUGCGCGAAACGAGUAUGCGCUGCUAUCCGACUUCAAGCUCGGCUAUCGCGUCCUUACCAACCUUAUACACCGCCUCUCGUAA